AUGCAGGAGAUGGACCCGGGCUGGGACGCGUUUCGCUCCCAGAAGCGUGCCGCCGGCUACACGGCCCCGUAUGCGCCAUGGAUGGUGACAGCGCUUCAGACAGUCAAGCUCGCCAUCUUCAUCCUGCUCCAUGCCCUGCUCGUCGUCGGGACAGCCUGCUCGAAAGCGGUCGUCAUUCUGCUCGCCACCAACUUUGAUGGUCCGCCAGCGCAUGCUGUAGGGACUGAGUUUACGAAGAAGUGCCCGGUAGAUGCUACACGCACGGAAAAACAACACGCGGCCAUCUACUUGACGCUACUCUUCAUACAAAUCGACCCGGACCUCUGCGCGAUCAUCCAGUCCAUCUUCCGGCUCAUCACCCAGGGCCGCGGUACUGGUGGACUCAACAUUACGGUAAUAAUCCUGGAAUGCUGUCGGGCCGCCGGACUAUCCACGAUGUUCUUCCUCGUCUUCCCGAAGUUGGACAUGACCCGCGCGCUGCUUUUGCUAUCAUGCCUUCCGCUUAUCCCUGUGGCACAACGCAUGGUGGCGAAAAUGUCGCGCUCGCUGCGCCGGGAUAGCACGCUCGUGAGACGGAUGGGGCUGACGCUAAUGUCCCUGCCAACAUGUAUCGUCUUCCUCACCUUGCUGACCGGCUGUUACUGGUGGUCGAUUUUGGAGACGCCGUUUGAUAACUACGUAACGUUGCCGUUGGCCAUCGUUCUCUCUUCACUCGGCUUUUGGGAAGCUUGGAUCACCACCGGACAUGCUGGCACCUUCUUCCACCACCUCUACCAAUUGAAAUACGGCAUCCGCAAGCUGAACUCGCCGACUCGACUAAUCGCCUCCAGUUUGCGGACGAUCAUCACGCUUUCCGUCUUCGCCGUCGCUGCUCAGCUCCGAAUGUGCGCCCGACUUCUGGCGGGUUUGGAGCUCCGCACGUUGCCCAUCUUCCAUCCGCUCUUCUUGACGGCUCCGCUGCUGCUCACCACAAUCGUCAUCACAUGCCACAUUUCUCCGGAUUGCAGCUUUGCACGUACCUUGGCCAGUUACGGCCUCUCAAUUCGAUGCUCGCAGUGGAGCAGCGACCCGAAGCCGUUCAGCGAUCUCUACAUCGCCGUCAUCUGGUUGAUCAUCUCCAUGUACAAGGCAUACGAGCUGGCCAGCCAGCCGACCUUCGAGAAACAAGAUGAAAUCAUACGCUCUUCGCCAGCUUUCCUGAACGGACUAUGCGUGGAGCAAAGUCUGCUCGUCUUCGAGUUUGCACUGGCCCGAGAUGAAUCCAAGCAAAUGAAGCUCGACUUUGACGCGAUCUUUGACGAGAGCUCGGAGAGGCCAAGCUCCAUGCGAUACGAGGCUGAUAAGAUGGCGAACGUGUACAUCUGCGCGACAAUGUGGCACGAAACCGACAACGAGAUGCGGCAAAUGUUUAGCAGUAUCCUGAAGCUCGAUGAGGAGCAAGCACAACUGGCCGCAAAGAAGGCGGGCACAACGGCUGGAGGCGAUGCACAGAAGUUCCGACUGGAAGCCCAUAUCUUCUUCGACGACGCCUGGGAGGAUCAACCCGAAUUUGGACGUGCCCCCAACGAUUUCUUCCGCACCUUCUUCCAGCUGAUGAACACGAUGAUCCAUGGCAAAGAAGACGCAACCAACGGCGACCCAACAAAAAUCCUCGUCAGCACGGCCUAUGGUGGGCGAUUGGUCGUUCGCCUUCCUGCCGGCACGCUGCUUUUUGUGCAUCUGAAGGACAAGAAAUUGAUUCGUCACAAAAAGCGUUGGAGUCAGGUGAUGUACAUGUACUACCUACUUGGCCAUCGCAUCAUGGAAUCGCACAUGUCCAUCGAGGACAAGCAGCUCAUCGCCGAGAACACCUACAUCCUAGCCAUUGACGGAGAUUCCAAGUUUGAACCGGAGGCGUUUUUGAGGUUACUCAAUCUGAUGAGCGCCAAAUCGGACAUUGGCUGUGCAUGUGGUCGGAUUCAUCCGAUUGGCCGAGGGAUCAUGGUCGCCUACCAAAAGUUCGAAUACGCCAUCGCCCAUUGGUUCCAGAAAGCCGCCGAGCACGUGUUUGGCUGUGUGCUCUGCGCGCCCGGAUGCUUCUCACUGUUCCGCGCCUCCGCUCUGAUGGACGACAACGUGAUGCACAAGUACACGACGACGGCCGUCGAACCCCGGCACUUUGUCCAGUACGAUCAAGGAGAGGACCGCUGGCUGUCGACAUUGUUGCUCAAGCAGGGUUAUCGUAUCGAGUACGCCGCCGCCUCGGACGCCGAAACGUAUGCACCGGAGGGCUUUGACGAAUUCUUCAACCAACGCCGUCGCUGGACACCUUCAUCCGUGGCCAACACCAUCGAUCUGCUGGCCGAUUACAAGCGUGCCUGCGCGAACAACGCGUGCAUCUCUCGCCUCUACAUCCUCUACCAGUUCGGCGUUAUCGGAUUCUCGAUGCUCGGCCCGGCCAUCAUCUUCUCCAUGUUGGUCUAUGCCCAGGUGGCCGCCUUCCACGUGCCGAUGGAUCGAAUCAUGCUGUACAACGCCGUCCCCAUCGGCGGCUUCAUCGCCUCGUGUUUCCUGAUGGAGAGCAGCGUGCAGCUGUUCCUGGCAAAGAUUCUAUCCGUAUGCUACGCCUUCGUGAUGUUGGCCGUCAUCGUCGCGACAAGUAGUCAGAUUGUCCUGGAAACCAUGUUUUCCCCUACUUCAAUGUUCGUGGUCGGAAUGAUUGGAAUCUUCUUCGUCGCUGCCUGCUUACACCCACGCGAAUUCACGAACAUCCUUUAUGGAACGAUCUUUUUCCUGAUGAUCCCUUCAACGUAUGUGGUGCUGUCCUUCUAUUCACUCAUCAAUCUCAACGUCAUCAACUGGGGAACACGAGAAGCUGUGGCGAAGGCGACUGGAAAGGAAGUAAAGAAGGCCUCGGCCGUCGACAAAUUCUUCGACAAGCUGGCCGGUGGACCGUUGGGGCGUCUCUUCAAACGCGACGGUCCCGAAGAAUCGAAACGGAUGGAGGAGCUCGAGAAGCGUCUGGAGGAGAUCCACGUCGCGCUCAACAAGGAGCCGAAUGGGAACAACGAAGGCGAGUCGACGAAGCCAGAAAGCGAGCUGAAGGAUCUGUCUUUGAGCGAUUCUGAGGACAGUGACGACGGCUCGGAUAUGGAAGUCCGAACGUCGACGCGUGAUUUGUGGAUGGAUGCCGAAUACUUGCAGACCUGCGAAAAGGGACGGCUGAAGGCCAGCGAACAGCAAUUCUGGGAUCAGCUAAUCGACACUUACUUGAAGCCUCUCCAAACGACAGCCGCCGAGACGUUGGCGCAUGCGGAUGCGUUGCGUGAGCUCCGGAAUCACAUCGCCUUCUCGCUGAUCCUGCUGAACGCGCUGAUGGUGCUGGCCAUCUACUUGACGCAGAGCCACAAGGACGUGCUCGCCUUUUCCUGGAUGCCACAUGAAAACUUCACGCAGUACCGCUGGAACGGGACGGUGCAAGAAUGGACCAUGGAACCUGUGCCGCUGAAGGUCGAGCUGCUCGGCCUGACAAUCAUCUUUGCACUUUUCGGCAUCCUUGUCGUGCAGACGAUCGGGUUGUUCUUCCAUCGGCUGAACACUAUGGUCGGCGCCUUCCAAGAAAUCAAGGCGAUGGGCGACUUUGUGUCGACGACGACAGGGAAGAAGGCUGAUGACGACGAUGUGCUAGAAGCUGCCCGUUCCCUGCUCGCCACGUCGGACUACUGGCGAGCCCAUGGAGGUGCCGGCUACACGCGAGAAGCGGGCGCUGGACGUGACGCCGUCCUCCACAAGCUGCAACGGGCCCGUUUCGCCAGCGCCGUCCGCAACCACGACACGCAGCGAAAAGCU